GCACUUCCGCCAUGGCGGCGGGGCGGGGCUGGGCUGGCAUGGCGGCGCCGGCGGCGCUGCGGCGCUCGUGGGUGUUGGUGCUGGGCGGCCGGACGAGCCGGUGCUCCGCUUCCCCGAUCCCAGGCCGAGCGCUGCCGAGGCCCCCGGCCGGCCCUGCCCGCCCAGCUGUCUCUCUGCUGCGCUGGGCGUCGUCCUUCUCCGAGCCGGGCCCCACGGAGAGUGGCCCCAGCGAAGGACAGAUCUUCCUCAGCGAGAGCUGCGUGAAGAGACUCCUGGAGAUCACAGAAGGAUCAGAGUUUCUCAGGCUGCAGGUGGAAGGAGGUGGCUGCUCUGGCUUCCAGUACAAGUUUUCCUUGGACACAGUUAUCAAUCCUGAUGACAGAGUGUUUGAACAAGGUGGUGCCCGUGUGGUUGUGGAUGUGGACAGCCUGGCCUUUGUGAAAGGAUCCAUGGUGGAUUUCAGCCAAGAGCUGAUCCGAAGCUCCUUCCAGGUGGUGAGCAACCCUCAGGCAGAGAAGGGUUGCUCAUGUGGGACUUCCUUCUCUGUCAAAUUCUGACUGGACUUAGCACGGAUGGACACUGUUUGCAGACACUUUUGGCAGUCUCCAGAGGGUUUAUGUUGGCCUUUUUUUUUAUGUUUGUUCUUUUCCCUGCUGCUCCCUCUCAUCUCCCUUACCCUGUGACACAGCUGUUACACAUAAUCGCAGCUGUGUGCGUGUUUGCACUGAGCCUGUCUCCAAGGCUUUUUGGCCUUCCCUUCAGGAACGAUGAAGUAACCAUGAGCAUGCACACAGGAGCAUCUUCAGCGCCUUGUGAACCACUGGCCAUGUGGUGCUGAGUGGCCUGCCCAUUCCUGAAUGUGGAAUCACUUAACUGUCUCUGCAAGAGAAGGCUGUAUAUAUAUAUAUGUCUGUGUGUGUUUAUUGAAAGUUCUUACUAAAAAAAGUCUAUGAAAUUG